UCUAUCACAUACAUGGCUGUCAGAGGUUACAGAUGCAGGAAUGUUGGCCUUGCUGCAGCACCAGGAUGAGUUGGAGGCCCUGGAGCUGAGGAAACUGCCUCACCUGGUUACAGACUGGGCACAUGCUGUCUUGUCACCUGUGCUACAACACCUGGAUCUCAGGGGCUGCACUAAUGUAGAUGCUCCUGCUGUGUGUGAAGUGGUGUUCUCCAACCCAACCAUCAGUACCAUGAUCCUGGCACACUGUCAUCGGCUAGGGGAGAACAUCAACACUGUGGUGCAGCGGAUAGCAGAGUCUCUCAAUACUACCCUGGAACACCUGGAUGUUGCAGGAGAUCACUGUCUGUCAGAUGCUAGCCUGACUGCCAUAAGUACCCACUGUUCAAACCUAAAAAGUCUGAACCUCCAUGGUUGCAGGAGAGUGACAGCAGAAGCUCUACAAGAGCUGCUGGUCUCCUGUCUGCAUCUCCAGAAGCUGGACCUGUCCUACUGCUACCAGGUGACCAGUCAGACGGCUCCACACAUCCUGUUCCAUCUGCCUGAGAGACUACAAUUCCUGUCCCUGUGUGGUGUCCAGCUGCCCUACCCACAGACACUGGAAGGACUGACCAAGCUGAGGAGACUGGAGGAGCUGGUGUUGUGUGGGAUCUCCAACCUCACAGUGGAGGUUAUGGACAUGCUUCUGCCCAAGAUUGGAGGCAGUCUGAUGCACCUGGACCUGAGUGGCUGUACUGCAGUGGACGAUGUUCUGCUGAGAUCUGUGUCUGCCCACUGUGUCAACCUACAGAGACUAGUGCUCUCCUUCUGUACACAGGUCACAGGUGUUACCCUACUGCCCAUGUUUGAAGACCCAGAGAGAGCACAGAACAUCACAUGUCUCAUCUUCACUGCAUGCGUAUCUAUGUCUAUGGAAGUACUGCAGGUGAUAGCAUCCACAUGUACCAACCUGGAGAGGUUUCAUGUUGCUGGGCUUACUGAAGUCAAGGAUGACCUUCUCCUGACCUUGGCAAGAAAUUGCUCCAAGCUCAUGAAUGUGACUUUUAAAACCUGUAAUCAGCUGACGGAUGCAUCUGUGUGUGAGCUGUCCCGUUGCUGCCCGCUGCGCGAGGUUGUCCUGUCGGGGGUGCGGAGGUUGACCGACAGGAGUAUCCUGAGCCUGGCUAACAGCUGUCAGCACCUGGACUGUGUGUACGUGUCCGGCUGCACACAGGUGACCAGCGCAGAUUGCUGUGUGAAGAGAGUCCACAUUGAACACAAGACCCCCAACAUGGAUCCCAACCAGCUCAUGGCUAAGAACCUGGACACUGGGGAGUAUCUCCGGGUGGACCAAAUGGCUGUGAGCUGA